UGGGUGCGGGGGGGGACGGGGACACAGAGACACAGGGACACAGAGACACAGGGACACGGCGACGGGCUCGGGCUGCGGCCGCUGGGUGCGCGGCGUGGCGGCGGUGGCGGCGGUGGGGGCUGGUAUCGCGGCUCCCAUUAUGGUCAGCCAUGGCGGGGCUGGCGGGCGGGCUGGGCGAGCUGCGCUGGUACGCGCUGGUCGCCCUCUUCGUGGCGGCGCUGGCCACGCUGGCCGUCUACCUGGUGCAGUACGCGCUGCUGGCACUGCGAGGGGAAAGGCGGCGGAGGACCCCCAAGCAGCAGCAGGAGCAGCACCAUCAGCAGGAGGAGCAGUCCCAGCAGCAGCAGCCCCCGUGUCGGCCUGGGGACGAGCUGCUGGAGGAGGGCGGCUCGGUGCUGGGCUGGGCGCUGUCGCUGGGCAGCUGGCGGCGGCAGUGGCGGCGGGCAUGGGUGGCGGCGCUGCGCCACGAGGCGGCGGCCAGGGCGGAUUCACAAUUGCUGACAUUUGAGGAAGAUGACCGACCAGAACCACUUGAGCUAGCAGUUAAACAAGUUGUUAGUGUGGUAAAGUCAGCUCAAGAGAAGGUGGUUUCUUGUAAUGUUGUGGGAGAUUCCGUUACGUUUGUUUUCAGUGUCUCACGUACUUCACCUGAAGCUGCAGAAAGCCAGUCAUACAGCGUGAAACUGUCUCCAGUUUUCUUGCAGCUUCAGCUCUACGUGAAAGACAAAGGAGAUGAUGUCAAAGUUGAGUGGGUCCUCAUUAAUACCGAUGAAACCAACUUUGAAAUCCAGCCAACAGGGCAGGAGGGACAGGGAGCAGGGACAUGUGCAAUAUCUGAAACGCUCAGAGAUGUUUUGAAGAACCUCUUUAGCUCAGUUUCUCCAUCUGUAGUGUUGAGUACAAGGCCUACAGACAUAAAGGAGAUUCAGAAUGUACAGAACACGAGUGUUCUCCCUCAGGGCACUAGUCCGCCUAAACCUCCAAGGGCUCACGAACUGAAACUGCUGGUAAAGAACAUUGCAGUAAACCUAGCCGAUCACAGUGCUGCAGGCAGCACAAACCUUGUGUGUAUAGUUCAGUUGAAUGACCCUAUGCAGAAGUUUUCCAGCUCUGUAGCCAAAAAUGCUGCAAAUCCCUUUUGGAAGGAAGAGUUUGUCUUUGAACUAAGUGCCAAAUCAAAAACAUUGCAACUGCAAAUAGUAGAAGACGGAAAGUUGGAUAGUUCUUUGUCCUCAAAGGCAACUGUACCUCUAGAUUUGUUCAGGAAGCAACCUUCUGGCCAACAAAGCUUUGCACUGAACAGCACGGCCAGUGAGAGCAGUCCAGAGCUGGGGCCUCGGCUGGGAUCCAUUAGUGCAGAGUUCUUCUUUAUAGAACCUAAUGAGCUAAAGACUUGGCAAGUUUCUUCUCCAGUGCCAAGCACUAAGAUAGAAAAGGAUCGAACUGUGAUGCCCUGUGGGACUGUGGUCACUACUGUAACUGCUGUGAAAACCAAACCUCGACUAGAAGGGAGAUCAUCUCCUCCGAGCACAGAUUCUCCUGUGAAAACUCCAGUUAAGGUCAAGAUGAUUGAAAAGGAUUUCUCUGUUCAAGCUACCCAUUCUCAUGGUGCUACAGUCAGCAAAACUUUAUCAUCUUCAGAUACAGAACUGUUGGUAUUGAAUGGCACCGAUCCUGUUGCAGAAGCAGCCAUUCGACAGUUAAGCGAGUCUGCAAAGCAGAAGCUGAAGUCUCCUAGGAAGAAAAGCACCAUUAUCAUAUCAGGGGUGUCCAAGACCUCUUUAUCUCAGGACAGUGAAGCUGCACUGAUGAUGGACUAUGCUGCAGCCAUGGACAGCUCCUGCAAAGAAGCAGAUCCAGCACCCACUGGAGAGGAGGCUAUUGCAAAAGUCACCUCUGAUGAAAAGCUGUCAUUAGGUGCUUCAGAAACAGUACCUGAUACUGACCCUCAGCAAAGUGCCCAUAAGGCUUGGGGCUUGGAGAAUGGCAGUCAGCAGUGGAACUCCAACACGCUCUUAGACCAGACCUGUGAAGAAAUAUCUGGGAGCUCAUUAAGUGUUUCAGAAACUGGGAGCAUGAAAAAGUCUAAAGGUGGGAUUUUGAAAAAAAGUGCGAAGCUCUUCUUCCGUCGGCGACACCAUCAGAAGGACCCAGGAAUGAGCCAGUCGCACAACGAUCUUGUCUACCUGCAGCAGCCCCUGUCGGAGGAGACACGCAAGAAGGGAGGCACGCUUUCACGUCUUCUUAACAGAAAGCUGCUUUCCAAGAACAAAAGCAAGAGCAAACUGAACGGUGCUUCGGCAGAACCAUAUGUAUAAGAGCGGACGCUCUCUGGUGGGAUAUUGCACAUCAGUUGUUUACAGAGCAGUACUAAAGAAUACGAAUGAGGCUGAUGACUUGCAUGAAAUGAUGUUCGCUAACACAGUGGUCAAGGAAUAAACAGAAGGCUUGUCUUUUUUGUUUAUUCUUCCAGAACGUUUUUCUCUCUGGUUAUCGAGUUGUUCCUCCGAACACAGGCAGCACUAAUUGCAUCGUGACAGCUUUUGAAGGAUUGAGUGGGUUAUUGUACAGAAUGAGGGAGGACAGGGAAUGGUGCAGGUGGAGAGGACAUGCACGUGAGCACCUAGUUUACAUUAGUGGGGAGCUGAGAACUGAAAAAUCAUACCUGCUCUAUGGCUGAACCACUAUCAAGAGAGAAGAUGCCACUGUGCUUCCUUGCUGCAGCAUGGGGUAGUAGCAACGCAAGUCUCAGUUUGUGUUUCUGGUCAGGCUGAAAGGGAAAAGAGAGACCCAGAUCCAGUUUGUAUUGUAAUUUGGAAACGGGUAAGUUUUCAGAAGCAGACCUAAAAUGCUGAUUAAGAUAGCCUACUGUAAUAUCUGUAGCCUGCUAUAAUAACUGCUCAGUCCAUGUAGGUGGAGAGAUGCCUUUUAUAUUAGCCAUAAAAUCAAUAAAUUAUGCAAACACUUAUACUAGCAUAUUGUUUAAUGUUCUGUGCAUAGGUUAUACUCUAAAAAAAACAGAACUUUUUUAAAAGUCUACUUGAGUCUACUUGCAAGCAAAACAGUUAAGACUUCUCCUCUGUAGCUUUUCUUCGCUGUGUGAGAAGCUGUGCUGCUAAUGCAAAAACCUAUCUUAGGGGCUCUAAUUCCUUCUACCAAGUACUUGUUAGACAAGGAUAUAAACCAUCAUAUCAAAUGCAAAGCUAGGAGCAAUAAGUGUCAAACAGAGCAUAUUUAACUCUAUAUAAACUUCUCAUUAGACAGCUUGUUUUACUUGCCAAAUACUUACUGAGAUCUUAGAAAACACAGUUGUGAAGAGAACUCUUAAAAAAAUCAUGAUCACAGUUCCCUCGGUCUUUCAGUUUCUCGAUCUACCAGUGUUGCUAUGGGGUGAGUGUUCAGUUGGCUUUCUGACUUUUUUCCCCUCAUUAAAUAUUGCAGCUGGCUCCUUUAACUCCUUUAAGUUGAAAGGAAAAACUGGUGAAAGUAAAGGCAUAGUUCUUGUUUCAGCUAUUUAAGAGGGUAAAAGACAGUGUUUCACAGGUGCCACCUUUCAUGCAUACCUAUAGCUUUCCAUUGUAUACAUUCCUGCUGAGGACAAAGGACCAAGCCUGUUCUCUUUCUCCAAUAAAAACAUCCAUUCCCUCAAAACUACUGACACAAAUGGAAGAUAGAUUGUGCAUGCUUUGCCAACAGGGUUUCCCCUUCCUGCCCCUUAAAAUUCAUCCAAGGCUCUGGCAGAUAUUUCAGCUUUCAACUUAAACCAUUCUUCAAAAAUAGAAAGUCGCUGAAGAACAGAAACGCGUAUCAAAACUUCCAAAGGACUCUAGAUUCCUUGGUAUUUUCUUUUUCAAAGAUAAAAAUAAGAUUCUUUUUUUUUAAAAAAAAAAAAACCAACAAAAUAGUAGAAGAAAUGAAUUGUCAAAAUAUUUUAACUGAGUCUACUGGUUAAAAGUACCAUUUAUGUGUAACCUAGUAAAAUCACUGUAAUACAACAGUCCGGACUAUCAGAUGGCUGUAUGUUUAAGCAUGCUGCUUAUUAUGAAAACACUUGAAGGCAUUUUAAUAUUCUGUGUUUUGAUAAUUUGUUACACAUGAGUGUCUUGGAGCUGUAAUGUGCUUAAAAAUCCCAGUUUAGUAAUAUGGGUUUGUCCUGCUUGAGUGUGUGUGAACACUUUUGUUUGUAGUUAUUUUAACACAAAGUAGAAGCUAGGAUUCAUUCAUUCAUUCUACAGCAGACCACGAUCUGAGCAUCCGAAAACCUGAAGUUAAGUUUCUUAAACGUGCACUUUUCCCCUCGACUUUGCUAGGAACUCUUUGCAUGCUGGGGCAGGGUGGGUGAUGAAAUCCCCCACAAAUUUUAAAUGUUCGGUUUUGUUUUCUGAAAGAGGAAGGCUAACCACCAAAUUGAAGAAACCAAAGCGAGACAGCUCUGCGGAUAGCACCCCGUACACUAAGAGCUGGAGAAUUGGGAAUGUAGAGGGAGUAUGUAACACUACUUGGAGUCUGUUUAAAUUACUGAACUGGGAUUUUAAUUUACAAAAGCUUUAUCAUUUACUGUAGGAUGAAGUGGAAAUAACACUGAAUAAUGUGCAGAAUACAGAAGGGUUUGCUUGUAUCUUACCCCAAAGAACAGACACAUCCUGAGGCAUUUUUGGUGUGUUUUUUUUUUUUUUGGUUGAUCUUUCCAAAAAUCUUGGUAAUUGCCUAAAUGUGUGUCUUAAAUGGUGGGAACUGCAAUGUGUGUAUAUAUAUAUAUAUGUAUACUGCAAACUGUUUGAAGAUUUGGGCUCACGUAUAUUGAAAGAGAAUUGAAGAUGAGGAAAGCAAGGCAUUUGGGGUUAAAAGGGAAUCACAGGAAUCUUGUUUUUUAAUUGCCUUCACUCCUCAGGAAAAUAAACAUCGUUUGGUUUGAUAUUUGACCUCUGCAUCUGGCUGGCGUGUGUUCCUCACCUCUUCCAAAAAAUUAUUUUUGUCAUGUUGUAAAAACAAGAUAAAUUUUUCCGACCAUAAUUGAACCUUCUUAGUCUGUGUUUGUGAUUUGCUUUUGCUUUAUGACAUUUAAGCAUUUCGUUUUUAUGACAUGACGACCUGCAUCCCUACCUAGCCAAGAUUUGCCUUGUCUUUUCUGGGAAUUUUGACUGAACAAGAAGUACAAGAAUUAAAAAUUUCUUUGUAAAUUAAAGUGAUAAAGCUGCUUAAUAUCUCACAUGUGAAUACAAGCUAGGUAACUGUUAAUGUUCACUUAAAGAUCACUUUAAAAGUCACUUUGAAGAGGAGGGGCUCCUUUAUCCCUAAGGCACUGUGUUUCACAUCCAAUUCACCCCAGGAGAAAAUGUCAGUCAUUUCACUCCCAGCUAUACACAACACUUCUGAAACUGAGGCUGCAGGAAGAAGGGAUGCCAUAAUGGAAAAAAAGUAUAUAUAUAUUCAUUUAAAAAGCAAAAUACCUUUGGCAAAUUUGUUCGGCUUAAUGGAGAGGUAAUAAAACUGUGCAAGCAUAAAUUCUGGGCUUUAUUCUUAUGCUUUCUGUUAGAUUUUUAUUCCCCUGCUGACUCUUUGGCUGGGGCUCUAGGUCAUACAGACCCAUAGUUACUGCCUGGCUCUCAAGAGGACUUGGUUUCCAGCGCUGCUUUUCUCAGACCAUGCUGUUGCCUGCCUGUGAUACCAGUUUGAGGAUCAGUGAAAUUUUAGGGUUGUUUCUGGUACUGCAGCUCCUCACUAGUCCCAGGUGGUUUUCAAAUGAAAACUCUCUGCUGUGUAUUUCAAGUAAUGCUUUGCUGUUCUUGAUAGGUGAAAUAUCAUAGGGAAAAAGUGGAAUUGACUACAUAAAAUGUUGAAUGUAUGGGGGAAGAGAGCCUUGCUCUUGUUUUAACAUCCCUUUUAGCUCUGGUAAAUCAAGGUGUUACAAGGGGCAGAGCUCUACAAGGUGGGAGUCACCUGGAUUUUUUGUUUUAGCUUAUUGCUGCAUUUUACCUGUAGAGCUGAAGCUUGAGGUAAGCGCUUUUGGUACAGAAGGAAGCGCACCGGAGCUCCAAAGGCAUUCAUUCCCCCUGUGAGCAGGCACAGCUGACCUCCUACUCCGACCUCCACAGCACCUAGGUGGAUUUAUUCAGAUGUUUUAAGUUAGCAAAUGCCUUGGUGUGUUGCUGACAAACAGUCCAAGAUUAACGACGUAACAGGGAGGAUUGCUUGAAGUCAAGGGUGAAUAAUAUCAUUUCAUUCAGGAUAUCCAAACUGCUACUAUGCAAGGUGCUGGCACAGUGUGAAGUAUCGGUGAAGGAGGGAUCUGAGGUAUUUCCAAUACUGUAACUUUGUCUUUCCCAACAAUGUACUAUGCUUUGAUAUUCCAGGGGGAGUAAAACAUUUUUUCCUAGCAUACAACUGUGAUGGUCACUUCUGUGGUGUUUUAUUUUGUUGCUGUUGUUUUUCUGUGUGUGUAUGUAAAAUUAAGUUGGUGUAAUUAAGAAGCCUACGAUGUACAGAUUUAUUACAUCACUAAAAAGCGCGAGGAUUUUUUAAAGAGAUAACUACUGCUGUACAUACAAUAAACGCCAGUUGACUCUG